CAAACGCGUGAAUUAACGACACGAGCGACAUCUCGAGAAAAGGAACAGAGACCGUUGCCAGUCGGUACAGUGUUUCCGAACCGAUCCGUUACGGAAAGAUCCGAGUUCGACCGAAUUUCUUCGCCGUGAUAUUAGCCACAACAAAAAAUUGGUAACAUUCGCGUAAAAACUUUUCGGCAAUAUAUGUUUUUCGCGUUCUUUUUGUGAUUCGUCGUUCCCCCAUUGAAUACAGUGGUUCGGCAAGCAAAGUUUUGAAAUUUUAUCAAGGCUCAUUGUAAUAUUGGGUGUCAGCGAUGGCAGAUGAACAGCAGCAGUUUUUUCUUAAAUGGAAUGAUUUCCAAUCUAAUAUGGUAUCGUCGUUUAAACACCUACGAGAUGAAAAAAGUUUCACGGAUGUGACAUUAGCUUGCGAUGGACAAACUUGUAAAGCACAUAAGAUGGUAUUAUCCGCUUGUAGUCCCUAUUUUAAAUCUUUGUUAGAGGAAAAUCCGUCCAAACAUCCCAUCAUCAUUCUGAAAGAUGUCGCAUACAGUCAUCUUCAGGCCAUUUUGGAGUUUAUGUACGCAGGAGAAGUUAACGUUUCACAGGAUCAGUUGCCUGCAUUUCUUAAAACUGCUGAUCGGCUUAAAGUUAAAGGGUUAGCAGAAGCACCAGGUGCCAUUAAAAGAGAAGGUUAAAGUUGCACUUAUAGUUAUGGAUUUUGGGAAGCGUGCGGACUGAAAAAAAGUGUAAUAAUGUAAAGUGAUUGCGUAAAGACAUAUACCACACACUAUAAAAAAAGAAAAAGAAAAAAAAAACACACGCUACGUGUGCACAACUCAGUGUCCUCUGGUUCAUGACUUGGAUCAACACACGGCGACAAUGUAAAUUAUGCCUUUUCUUAAUCUCAGUUAAUGUUAAUGUUGUAUUGAAUGUAUGUAUACAAAUAUGGUAGAGACGAAAUGUUGAUGUUUGUCUUGAACCCGUUGCGCCAUGUGGUGGCGAAAGCAACAUUGAUUAUUUUUUUAAAACAAAGUGCUGCAAAAACUAAUAAGUGGGUCACCAUAGUUUACAAUACACGGGACAGUUUUGUGGAUCAAAUGGAAAUGUUAAAAGACAUCUUUACAACUGCUGUUUUUAAAACGGAUCUACUGACUCACUAUACUUUCCUAUCGGCGGUCCCAUGGUAGAUCUGUUUACGAGGCAUUCAAAUUUCUCGAGUCUAUACCGAGUGUUGGCUAAGCGCAAUCUUUUUAUUAAAUUCUUUAUGACGGAGAAUAGAGCAAUACCAUAUUGUAAUAUAAUGCAAACAAGAUAUAUUCAAGAAAUAAGAGUUUAUGACGUAACUAUAAGCCAAUGUGUUAGUAACAUAGGACAAUUUUGCCAACGCAUUCGCUGGUAUUAACUUGCAAGAAAUUUCGUUCGUAUCGUGAAUAGAUCUGCGAUACCCCGAUAAUCCCAUGAAAGAAUGUUAAAUCAAGUUUACUGGAAGUUGUAACAUGCGUGUCGUAUAUUGCUCUCUUUUGUUAUCUGCAGUAUGUUUGGUUUAUACGUAUACACACUGUUAUUUCUCAAAUCGUCAAGGAUACUAGCAGAUUAUACGCGUGAAAAGUUGAUUCGAUGUGACGUUAAAAUUGGACAAAACUUUCGCGUGGACGAAUUUGUCGUAUCCUCGACGAUAAUUCAAGAAGUAAUCGUGAAUACCUGUACAACCGAAUAUAAUGUAUGUGGAUUGAUAAAUCGUGUCGUUUCUCGCUGAUGAAUAUUUAUAAUUGGAACGAUAAUAAUAGUUUCGCUAAUUUUUUAUUAAUUCAAUCGGUACCAGUUACCUCUUCUAGUGAUCAUGAUUUUUUUACUUAACCAAAUACUGCCAGUAUUUAUACCGGCGUAUUCACAAUAUUACCGAUAGACCAAAUUUAUUUAUGAUAAUAAUAUAUUAAGGGUUGAAUGUCUUAAAUCGAGGGAAGGUUAUUGUAAUAUAAGCGAAGCAAAUUUUUGUAAAGU